AUUACCCUACUCAUUUCACUGCUAUAAAUACCCCUCUCUAGCAUAUCAUCCCAUGCUCUACUCACAACUUUCCCCCUCACACAUUCGUGCCAUCUUUCUUGUUUUAUCAAUCCUGCUAAAACUACUAGCACCAUCAUCAUGUAUGCUUCAAGCCCGAACCCUCCUCUCCUUGCAAACUAUGCUCAACUCGUGUGCCGUUCCGCGGAGGCUCUUGGUGAUGUUGAUCACAAAGCUGUGGUGGUGAUGGAGGAAUGUGAGCUGCCCUUGAUUGAUCUUGGUGGUCUAAGAAAUGGGAAUGAAGCUGAGAAGGCUGCUUGUGUGGCAGCCAUCUGUAAAGCUUCAUCUGAGUGGGGGUUCUUUCAAGUUGUGAACCAUGGAAUAAGCCUUGACUUGCUUAGGUUGAUGAGGAGGGAACAGAAGAAGCUGUUUGAGUCUUCUUUUGAGAAGAAAUCCACCUGUGGCUUGCUCAACAAUUCGUAUAGGUGGGGCAACCAAACGGCCACCAAUCCGAAACAGCUCUCGUGGUCCGAAGCUUUUCAUGUUCCUCUCAUCAAGAUUUCUGAAGAAGCCUGUUACGGAGAGUUUUACUCCCUCAGGGGAGUGAUGGAGGAGUAUGCUGGGGAGAUGCAGAGGCUGGCAAAAAAGCUAGCAAGUGUGCUUGUGUCCAACAUGGGAGAAGGAAAAGAGGUGGACAAGACUUGUGACGAGAGUACCUGUUUCUUACGCCUGAAUCGCUAUCCGGUCUGUCCUUAUGCUCCUGAGGUAUAUGGUCUAGUCCCCCACACUGACAGUGAUUUUCUCACCAUUCUGCACCAAGAUGAAGUUGGGGGACUUCAGCUCAUGAAAGAUUCCAAAUGGGUUGCUGUUAAACCUAAUCAAGAUGCACUCAUUGUCAACAUUGGCGAUCUUUUUCAGGCAUGGAGCAAUGAUAUUUACAAGAGUGUGGAGCACAAGGUGAUGGUGAAUAGCAAGGUGGAAAGGUACUCAAUAGCCUAUUUUCUGUGCCCAUCUGGUGACUCUGUGAUCAGCAGCUACAAAGAGCCUGCAGUGUACAAGAAGUUCACCUUUGGAGAGUACAGGAGUCAAAUUCAGCAGGAUGUGAAGAAGACUGGACAGAAAGUUGGUUUGCCCAGGUUUCUUAAUUGGAAUCAUCAGACCCCUUAAUCAUGCUAAUUAAUCUCCCACUUAAGUGUCAUCAACCUAAUAUUAAGUGUGUUACGUGGAUGCUACAACAAUUUUGACAAUGACAUGAUUGCUUGCUGAUGCCUAAGAUAAUGCAUGUAUCAGUACUUCUCAUGUUGUAUCUCCAAAUAUCCCCUGGUUCCUUAUUACUAGAAUAACAAACAUAUGUAAGUGUGUGUAGCUUAUAGUGUCAGCUACAACUGAAGCUAGGAAGCAAAGGGGGAUCCUACUUAUACUACCGCUUGUAAUAUGUAAAUUAUGUGUGCUUUAAUGAAAUUCGUUUAUUUAUA